AUUGAAAUGCACCGCUCUCUGGUGGCAAAGAAGUACACUAAGUCCCGGUUUUUCUCAUCUUUGGGCGAGAGAGAUUGAAGGAACAUGUGGAGGCGAGCGGUCUCAUCGUCAACGGCUCAGUUCCGAACCCUAGCAUCUUCGUCACCCUCACUCUCAUGUCGAUCCUCUUCUCUCACACUCCGCCGAUCGCUGACCUCCUCGCCGUCUUCGUCUUCAACAUCGUCGUCUUCCUCAACGCCGCCGUUUCAGACUCUCUUCUCUCCCCAGGCACCCUCUCUUUCCGGUGAUCCUUCGAAGAAGAAGGUUGAAGAUGUAAUCCCCAUUGCUACUGGACAUGAGCGAGAGGAACUCGAGGCUGUGCUUGAGGGAAAGAACAUUCUUGAAAUCAAUUAUCCAGCUGGUCCUUUCGGUACCAAGGAAGCACCUGCUAUUGUCAAGUCUGUCUUUGACAAAAGAAUAAUUGGAUGCCCUGGUGGUGAGGCGGAAGAUGAGCAUGAUGUUGUGUGGUUUUGGCUGGAGAAAGGCAAGCCACAUGAAUGCCCUGUCUGUUCACAAUAUUUCAUGCUGGAAGUGGUUGGCCCUGGAGGUUCUCCUGAUGGCCAUGGAGACGAUGAUCACCAUUGAUCCAGCUUGGAAGAUUUUUGCUGGAAUAAAAUUUUGACUAAACGAUGAGAAAACAGUUUUGUUAUACCAUUCAUUCGCUUUUCCCUUCGUGGAUCCCUUUUUCUUGAAAUUACCAUGGCAAGUUGGUAGUUUUUGGUUUUAAAGCCUCUGGUCAUUGAGGACUAAAUUAUUUUUGCCCUCUUCAAUGCAAUUACCAAAUAAUUGAUCCGUACA